GUUGCACGUAUUUCGUGGCAAAGAAUUUCUUAAAUUUUGCUUUGAAAAACUUCACUUUAAAUCAAUUUUCUGUGAUAAACUCGAUCUCUGACUCUCAAAGACGCGAAUGAAAGUGUUAGAUUUCUCGUAAAAACUUGAAAUUUCCUCAAAAAAAGCACAAAAUGGGUCCUCCAUACAAAAAAGGGUCAAAGCGUGAGGGAAAGUCCUCGUCGGACAAAAGUUUCAAGAAACGCAAAACGGAAGAUGAUGUAACGGCAGCUUACUUGGAUGAGGAAGACACGAACGACAGCACGACUUUUGUGCCGGGAGCUGCGACAGCGAAUGCCGAAGAGAACGACCAAGGCGUGCAGGAUGACGAAUAUGGGGCGAAAGAUUAUCGCUCGCAGAUGGAAUUGAAGCCGGAUAAUGCUUCGCGUCCUUUGUGGGUGGCUCCGAACGGGCACAUCUUUUUGGAAUCGUUUUCGCCGGUUUAUAAGCACGCUCAUGAUUUUUUGAUUGCUAUUUCGGAGCCGGUUUGUCGUCCCGAACACAUCCACGAAUACAAAUUAACAGCUUACAGCUUAUAUGCCGCCGUUUCCGUAGGACUACAAACCAACGACAUCAUCGAAUACCUAAAACGCUUGAGCAAAACGACCAUCCCCGAGGGCAUCAUCGAAUUCAUCCGUUUAUGCACCCUCUCCUACGGAAAAGUCAAACUCGUUUUAAAACACAAUCGCUAUUUCGUCGAAAGUCCUCAUCCCGACGUGCUCCAAAAACUCCUUAAAGACCCCGUUAUCCAACAAUGUCGUCUCAAACGAAGCGCCGAAGAAGAAGAAAAAGGCGACGGCUUCAUCACGACCGUCUUAGACAAGAAAGGAGUCCCCACAUUUGGUGCAAAAACCUCAAAUCCCGCACCUGGCGCCACAAAUCCCGAAAAUCCUCAAGAAAAUGCCGAAAACACUCCCGCUGCUCCUGCAGUCCCCGAUGACAUCACAAAUUUCUACGAAAAAAUCGACAACGAGGACGACGAAGAAGAAGCAAACCUAAAAACCGUCUCGUUCGAAGUGAACCAAGAAAAAAUCGAGGUAAUCCAGAAACGCUGCAUCGAAAUAGAGCAUCCACUGCUGGCGGAAUACGAUUUUCGUAAUGACACCGUGAACCCCGACAUCAAUUUAGAUCUUAAACCGGCAGCAGUACUUCGUCCGUAUCAGGAAAAGAGUUUGCGUAAAAUGUUCGGGAAUGGUCGUGCCCGUUCGGGAGUCAUUGUCUUGCCAUGCGGGGCGGGAAAAUCCUUAGUUGGCGUCACCGCAGUCUGUACCGUGCGAAAACGGGCUCUUGUGUUGUGUAACAGCGGCGUUUCGGUCGAACAAUGGAAACAACAGUUCAAAAUGUGGUCCACGGCAGAUGACAGCAUGAUUUGCCGUUUCACUUCGGAUGCCAAAGAUAAGCCAAUGGGCUCGGGAAUUCUCAUAACGACAUACUCGAUGAUCACUCAUACGCAAAAGAGGUCCUGGGAGGCCGAACAAACGAUGCGAUGGUUGCAGGAACAAGAAUGGGGCAUCGUGGUAAUGGACGAGGUACACACAAUUCCGGCAAAAAUGUUCCGUCGUGUCUUGACCUUGGUCCAAAGUCACUGCAAACUCGGCUUAACCGCGACUUUACUGCGUGAAGAUGACAAAAUCGCCGAUUUAAAUUUCUUGAUUGGCCCAAAAUUGUAUGAAGCCAACUGGUUGGAGCUCCAAAAACGCGGAUAUAUCGCCCGAGUUCAAUGCGCUGAGGUUUGGUGUCCCAUGUCACCGGAAUUCUAUCGCGAAUAUUUGCAAACUCGCACCUCGAAAAAGAUGCUUUUGUACGUUAUGAACCCCUCAAAGUUCCGUUCGACGCAAUUUUUGAUCCGUUACCACGAGAGACGUGGCGACAAAACGAUCGUUUUUAGCGAUAAUGUCUUCGCGCUGAAACAUUACGCCAUCAAAAUGAACAAACCCUACAUUUACGGGCCCACGUCGCAAAACGAGCGGAUCCAAAUUCUACAAAAUUUCAAAUUCAAUCCGAAAGUUAAUACAAUUUUCGUGAGUAAAGUCGCCGAUACGAGUUUCGAUUUGCCCGAAGCGAACGUUUUGAUCCAGAUUUCGUCGCAUGGCGGGUCGCGACGUCAAGAGGCCCAGCGUUUGGGUCGUAUUUUGCGUGCCAAGAAGGGUGCAAUUGCCGAAGAGUAUAACGCCUUCUUUUAUACGCUCGUGUCACAAGAUACCAUCGAAAUGAGUUAUUCGCGGAAGCGGCAGCGGUUUUUGGUGAAUCAGGGGUACAGUUACAAGGUUAUUACGCAUUUGGCGGGAAUGGAUCAGGAUCAGGAACUUUUUUAUAAAACGCGAGAGGAGCAAGGGCAGCUGUUGCAACAAGUGCUGGCAGCGUCAGAUGCGGAUUGUGAGGAGGAAAGAGCGAUUGGCGAAGGAGGACCCUUUAGAGCGGGAACGUCGAAGCGGGCAGGCGGAUUGGGAUCCAUGUCUGGGGCAGAUGAUGCCGUUUAUUACGAGUUUAAGAAGAAUAAGGGGCAUUUGCAUCCGCUUUUCAAGAAGUUUAGAGGAUAAGAUUUUGUUGAAAAUUAAAAUUUUUGUUCAAAAUAAAAAUUUUUUAUUAAA